AUGGGUAAAAGAAGUAGGAACAGACAAAGCAACAAAGAUGGAUGACUGGAAGGAAAGAGGAGUAGAGAUGAUGCUGGUUGGGGUGCAGGCUACUCUGAAAUCAUCAAGGAGAACAAGCUGUUUGAGCAGUACUACCAUGAGCUGAAGAUCAUCCCCGAAGGGGAGUUUGAGGAGUUUAUGGCGGCUAUGAGAGAACCACUGCCUGCCACCAUCCGCAUCACCGGCUACAAAAGUCACGCCAGAGAGAUCCUACAUACCCUGAAAGAGAAAUACUUCGAAGAAAUACAGGACCUGGAGAUCGAUGGACAGAAGAUUGAAGCACCUCAGGCUCUAAGCUGGUACCCGGAUGAACUGGCUUGGCACACGAACAUGAGCAGGAAGAUUUUGCGCAAGUCUCCACUUCUGGAGAAGUUCCACCAGUUUUUAGUGAACGAGACGGAGUCUGGAAACAUCAGCCGACAGGAGGCGGUCAGUAUGAUUCCUCCUCUGCUGCUGAAAAUUGAACCUCACCACAAGAUUUUAGAUAUGUGUGCUGCUCCAGGAUCGAAGACCGCUCAGCUUAUAGAGAUGCUCCAUUCUGAUAUGGAUGUGCCCUUUCCUGAGGGCUUUGUAAUAGCUAACGAUGUGGAUAAUAAGCAAUGUUACCUGCUUGUGCACCAGGCUAAGAGGCUGAACAGUCCGUGUAUCAUGGUGGUGAACCAUGAUGCCUCUUGUAUCCCACGCCUGCAAGUGGAGAGCAAUGGAAAGAAGGACAUCCUGUUUUAUGACCGAGUGCUGUGCGAUGUGCCCUGCAGCGGAGACGGAACGAUGCAUAAGAAUAUAGACAUGUGGAAGAAAUGGACGACCAGCAACAGCCUCCAGCUCCAUGGCCUGCAGUUGAGGAUUGCGGUGUGUGGCGUGGAGCAGCUGGCUGUAGGUGGGCGGAUGGUUUACUCCACUUGCUCUCUGAACCCCAUCAAGGAUGAAGCAGUGAUCGCUUCCCUACUGGAGAAGAGUGAAGGUGCCCUCGAGCUGGCUGACGCCUCUGCUGACCUGCCUGGUCUAAAGUACAUGCCUGGUAUCACAUCCUGGAAGGUGAUGACCAGAGAGGGUCAGUGGUACUCUGAUUGGGCCGAAGUUCCCUCGAAUCGUCACACUCAGAUCAGACCGUCCAUGUUCCCUCCGACUGACCCUGAGAAACUCAAGAGCAUGCAGCUGGAGAGAUGUAUGAGGAUACUGCCCCAUCACCAGAACACCGGUGGCUUCUUCGUGGCUGUGCUGGUGAAGAAGGCGCCCAUGCCGUGGAACCGCCGCUAUCCAAAUUAA